AGGAGGAGUGGGGAGCGAAUGGAAAGGCCCGUGGGCCAGCAGGAGCCGACCAAUCAGUAUCCAACGUGGGCCGUGAUGAAGAGGUGAGGCGUGGUGGAGGCGGGGGAGGGCGGUCUGGGCGUCGGGACGAGCCCCGUCGGCACACACUGUCGGGGGAUCAUCACCAUCACCAGCAAGGCGGCGGUCUGGCGCGGAGCAUGGAUUUGGAGAUGAGCUCCAAAUCACAGAGAAGAAAGUCACCUCUGCCUCGUGGCUAUCCACCACCGUCUUCAGCCAUGUUGUUUGAUGAUGAUCCUGGCAUCAUGUCAGAGGUGGAGACAAGCUCAACGGGAUUUCGCCGCGGAGGCAAACAACGCAGUUCCUUGCCGGUCGUCCGCACACCAUCUAAAACACUGGAACGUCCGCUGGGUAAGACCUCUGGAGCUGGUGUCCCCGCCGGUGUUGGUCCUAUGCUCAGGAUUUUGCCACACCCCUCUGCCAUGGCAACUCACCAUCACCAGAUGGUGCACCUCCUCAAUCACCACCAUGGUCUCUCUAACAAGCAGUCAUCUGCAACUGCGACAAGCGGCGGGUUGGUAUUCCUCCAGUACCGCAGCGAGACCAAGCGUGCACUGUUGCCCAAUGAGAUCACCUCAAUCGACACAGUGAAGGCACUGUUUGUUCGAUCAUUUCCCAAGCAGCUCACCAUGGAGUACCUAGACUCACCUCACGUCAAGAUUUACAUUCAUGAUUCAUCCAAGGACAUGUUCUAUGAGCUUGAAGACCUCAGGUCACACCUCCGUGACAUUCGUGAUCGCUCAGUCCUGAGGUUGUUUGAAUCUACAGAUAUGAACGGUGGCGUGCUGCCUGGCGCAGGUGUCGGAGUGGUUGCCCCACCCAUGUGGGACCAGGACCAGUCAUAUUUCAGUGAGCCUGAAUUUGACUCGGAGUAUCAACACCAGCACAUCCACAAAAGCAAGACAAGCAACAAAUCUGGAAGCAGUGGAGUCCCACCUCAGUCGCCAUAUUACAUGACCCACUCUUACCCACCUGGAGGGACACAGGGAGCACCAGGAGGUUCCUCCACUCUGCCUCGAGGGGGUCCACUACUCAGAACCUACUCCCCUGCUGUAGUCCCUCAAGUGCCAGCUGACAGAAUUAAAACUCUUCCUCAGACAGAUCGUCUUCAUUCAGAGAGUGGGUACAUGUCUUCCCCUGAAAGAGGAGGUCCUCGGGCUUACCCAGCAGCUGCAUACAACCCUGGAGGGCCGGGUUACGAGGAUCCGUACUACAGCCAGUAUGCAUCACGAUCGGGUUCAAUAACACCCGUCAUUGACGAGGAGGCAAGUGACACCGAGUUAAUCGAUGAGUCAUACAGUCUGUAUGGGGUGAAACUUCCGACGGCCGGGCGGCCCGUUGUGACACCUCAACCCCGCAGCCAGUUCCCCGCCCCUGCUGUCGUCCCAUAUGAUGCUACCCGGAUUCGCGUGGAACACAUGGAGCGGCAGUUGGCGAACCUGACUGGUUUAGUACAAAAGGCUCUCACACAGACUCCAACACCUCGUGAAUACCUCCAGGUACCACCGCCUCCCUCCACAAGGGAUGUCAACUAUCGGAAUGCUGCUUCAGAUGAAUACGAUAAGCACUCUAGUUCCAGCUCGGCCUCACUUCCAGAUGACUCAUAUUUGCGGACAGACACCAAACCUCCGAAGCUAGGAAAAGAUAAGUCAGUCUCAUUUGAGAAGUCGGUUUCUUUUUCUGAUGAGCCCCCUGAUAUGAACUCGCCUAAACAGCACUCACCACAACACACAGCGGAUUCGAAACCUACUAAAUCAGCGAUAAAGUCUUCAACACUCCCUAGAAUGUCAUCUCAAGAGCGGACAGAACGUGAUCGACAUAAACCGGCACCCCCUCCGAAGCCUGUGUCACUGUCACCUGGGCAAUAUGAGGGCAGACAUGUUUACAGAGAUCUGCAACUGACACCUGAGAUGUACAACCAGCUGCGUGGGUUGCAGAAGAAAGCCAAAGAUCUUCGCCAGGAGGUUCGUAAUCUUCGCCGAAUGUCACAGGCUCAAGCGCACUCAGUGCGUGAGACAAUACGUGACACCUUCAUGAAAAUCAGAGCAAUGCUCCUGAUUGGGGGUGAAGAGGCAUGGGCUAUUUCUGGUGAUGCUGAUAAAAUGCGACUCAACAGAGAAGAAGAUGCCUACAAGCAGGAGAUGCUGCGAUUAGAGAAGGACUUGACAGAACUAGAGAGUACUGUAGAGGAGUUGCGAGGAAAUGUUAUCAACAGGAAGACCCGGGUCAACAUGUCGGAUGUGGAGAAUAUGGCGCUCAUACUCAGUAAGUCAAGUAAAACUGUGGCGGAUCUGAAAGUUCGGUUCCCGAAUCUGCAAGAAGGGAUGAAGGGUUUGCUAUCAUCUGAAAUGGAGAAAGUUGUUAGAGAAGAAAAGUUUCUGAAGGAAGAGCCAGACAGACUGGAAAGUGCGCUGAGACGCUGCAAGAAGCUUACAGGAACACUGGUUACACUCAAAAGGCUAGCUUCUGUACAAGAGCAGCGUCUUCCUCCCUCAGCAACACCAGACUCACGCCUGUCUCCCACAAUGGGACUCGGAGGGGACUCUGACACACCCAUCACUCCCCCCGCUCAUGGCAAGCCCAGUGCCAUUCCAGCGCGCGGUAUCAUGGCGCCCACCAUCGGAGGCGACAGCUCAAUCUCUCGGCAACGUCCGGAGAACGCACUCGACGCUCUGCUAGAUGAGCUUCAGACAUUUGCUCGACCACCUUCUCGUGCUAGCAGUGGCCAUAACCCUCCCAUGGCAGACAUCGGCCGCAAGGGGAGCAUCGACUCAGCACACACACAUGCCCCUACUCUUCCUUCCUCAACUGGUACAUCAUCACUACGACGUCUUCAUUCAUAUCCUUCUAGUUCAGACGGAGGAGGAAAUUCCCCACCAACAGUUGCUUUAGCUCGCCUCCAGGUUUCUGGAAGCAGUGGUUCAGAUGCACCAAAAUCACCUGCCAGUUCUCCAAAACCUCCAGUUCCUGAACGCAACUCAGAACUCCUCUCUCACCUUGCGGGUCGUCGUAUUCCUCCACCACCUCCACCUCGUACCAGCUCACGAUCACCCUUAGCAUCUCCUACAAGUCCCUCUUUACCUCCUAGAGGCCAACAUCCUCCCAGCCAACCACAAAUGGGUGUUGGAGGAGGAACCUUACUCAGAAGAGGCGGGCCUGGACGAAGCAGUCUCCGGGAACCUCUCCACGGAACUCCUGGCAUCUCAGUGUCAUUAUCUACUGCCAUGUCUAAAGAAGACCCAAACCAGCCUCAGUCAAGCUUCAAUCCCCUCUCAGUCAGCAACAGUUCAAGUUGUGAGAGCAUCAACUCCCAGGAAGGCCUUCAGCAGAACAAACCUGUGAGUACAAGCAGCAAUACUGGUAAUAAGGCUCGCCAGGAGAUCUUGGAGCAGCGACAUCAGGAGCUACUCCGCAAACAGCGAGCAUUGCAAGAACAGUACGCUCGUCUUCAGCAGCUCCAGAGGAGUGGGGGAGGUGGAUUGGCUGUUGUACCACCUCCAGACUUGGUCCUCAAGAAGACUGGCAGUGAGAGUAACUUACUGGCCAAGAUGGGACUUGGUCAUGGUCUUUCAGCGGCUGCUCCCAUCUCAGGAUCGCUAACUCAUCUUGCUGCAGUGGCUGCCUCUGCCAACCAGCAGCCUAUCAGGGCACAGCAACCGCAGAAGCAAGCAGUAAUCAACACUGCUUCAGCGACUGCAACAACCAACGCGCAACCAAGCACUGCUACAACUAACAAAAUCUAUGAAACAGACAUCCUGUGACUAAGCAUCAUUUUAAUAAAAGUAGUCAUUGUAAUAAUAUUUAUAACAGUAGUAAGGAACAUUUCAUGGAUACAGAAAGAGGAAAUUAUCAAUUGGCAACAGCAGAAGUUCUACCCUGAGAACAUUUUAAGUUCAUGAAAUUUUAUUUCCAUGCCAGCAAGACUCUCCCAGUGACUUUAUUUUGUAGUGUUUUUACAUAGUUGUUUAUAGACUAAUUCUAAGUGAUUUUAGUGCCAAUUAAAUUAUUGCUAAGAGGGAAGUCAGAACAGCAAUAGGUCUCUUUAACCCCUUCAAUGGCAGUUUUUAUAUGCACUCUUUAAUUGCUCUGUGGAACAUAUUUUUUAUGAAAAUGGUGCUUUUAUUAAUUGAAAUCUUUAUACAGUGCUUGGACAGAUACUGCCAUCCCUGGAUAGUUUCAGGAUGUUACAUCACAUCCUGAGUUAUUUCAUAAUGCUGUAGAAGGGGUUGAAGUGGUUGAAGUUUGGCAGUGCAAAACUGUGCCCUGAGAGGAAAGUGUGGUGACACUGCAGUUGAUGGGUUAGAAGCCUGUUUUUUCUUAUUGUUUCAAACAUGAAGAGUUAAGUCUGAAUAUAGUUAAGCAUCUAGUGAGUGAUCUACCUGAAACAUUAGGUGAUGUACUUAGGUAGAAAUGUGGUAAGGAAAUUCAAGUGCUGGAACAACCCCAUCUCCUCAAAGGGCAGGUAGAUAGUAACUGCUCUGUGGCCAAUUGUGGUAAGCUGUAGCAAUGCUGUAUUUCCUUGUUGAGAUAUUGGAAUCAGCCAAAUGCAGUAAUUUUCAAUUAGUCACAUGGUAGUCAUAUGGUAGAAACCAUAAGAAAUGAAAGAAUUUUGUUGAGGGAGGAUCUUGAGUAUUAUACUGCCUCUGUGUUACAUUCUUCAUUUGAGGAAGAAAACUCAGAUUUGGAUGUAAUUCCUCUUAUUGCAAAUGGUUAUUUUCGAAUUUUUGCAUUAUGCAAUGCACUAACCCAGUCAGAAUGUGGAAAAUUAAACUUCUGUUUUUGUUGUAAUUUUUCACCAUUCCUCUAGGUCAAGGGUUCUCACCCUUUUUCGCUGGUGUACCACUAAUUCUAAUUUACCACUCUGAAUGUACCACUUCCCAAAUGCGUUAAGGAAAAAUUUAUUUAUGUUAAUAUUAUAUAAAUGAACUGAAUUGAAUUAUCUUUUGAUUUUCUUACUUAGUUCACGUACCAUUUAACAUUUGCUCACGUAUCACCAGUGGUACGCGUACCAUAGGUUGAGAAACGUUGCUCUAUGUGAAUCUAAGGAUGGUAUCUAACCCAGUAUGCCCAAACUGCAUUUUUAUACAUUCCUCUACAUGCUGUUUUUGGGGUAUCCAAUUUUAAUUUUGGCCAGGAUCUGGAUAUCUGGCCUGAGGCUUUUAAUGGUCUUCCUCAGCCCCUACAGAUAUCUUGAAAUAUUUUCUCCAGUGCUUUCCAAUGUACCAUAACCCUCUCUUCAUUCGUUUUGAUCCUAUGUAACAUGUUGAGUUGAUAUAUCAUUCAUGAUAUAUGGAAUACAAAAAUGGUAGGUUCAGGCUGGUUGAUUCACAGCACAUAUCUGAGUAGUGUAAAUACACAGAGCUGUAUUUUUAAAUACAGUAAUAUAUUGGCUGUCUUCAACCUCUGAUCCUAAAUGUACCGCAUGGCUUAACUGGAUGAGAAUAUUUCAAAUGUGAUUUUUACCAAAUAUAUACCAGUAAACUUCUCAAGACUUAGGAAUAUAAUGUCUUAAUUUGGAAUGUCUCUUUUGGUUCAGUAAUGGGCGUCAUUGAAACAUACUGUAGCAACCCUAUCAGUGAUGAGUUUAUAAAACUGAUCAUAAAUUUAAUGCAAAAAUUAAUUUUAAAUGAAUGGAGAUGAUUUUAGGUCAUGGGAAUUUUCUGUACAUGUAAAUGAAGUUGGUAAUCAACAACAAAAGGAUAGAAGAAGGUGGCUGUCUUCUGGGUCGUUGUGACGUGUAGUCUGGUUGAAGUUUACCGACAUUUCAGAGGUCCUUGCUGCUUCCAUCACCAGCUCUCUCUUUCCUUCUCUUCAUCUGUCUGUCUCACGCUGCAUCAAGCCCCCGCACUCCAAUUUUUUUCCCACACCCUUGCCUUAUUCUGACACCAGUCCCCACUGGUUACAUCAAGGCUCUUCCUUGACUGUCAUUGUCCAAUAACUCUGACCGUUAUAACUCGCGCAGCUUACUCAAGUCCCUAAAAUUACAUUUGUUUCUGAUAUGCCUAGUCAGGAAAAAAAUUCCCAGUUAACCAAAUUUCUUUGUGAUACAAUUUGUCUCUCAGAGUGUACAUUUUUAUAAAAACAUGUUUUCAGUCUUUAAAGUAAAGAUCUAUAUAAAUGAAAAGCAUGGAAAAUUGGCAGUGCAAGGCAUGUUUAUGUAUGGUGCCACUGCUGAAUUGCUACACCAUUUAUAACAUAAUAUGGUUUAUGUAUCUUAUCUGUGAUAUGUUUACUGUAUUAUGGUUUAUAUCCAAAAUGUGGAUCAAGGCAGGUUUUGGCACCCCCAACAGCAUGUCACAUUUCUCUUGUGUACCUUACCAAGUAGAAUAUAGUCCAAUUCUUACUUUGCAAUGAUUUGCAAUUAAUGUCUGAAAGGUAUAGAAAGGAUUACAUACAAGAGUGAGUGUCAGAAAAUAUGUUUACCUUGAAACGAACCAAGUGUCGGGUCAGAUGAAACUUCUCACUUAGGACUGAGAGUAUGGUAAUAUGUUGCUUGGAGCAAUGUCAGAAUGAUGAUUAACAAGGGAAAACUGAAAAAUUUGAAGUCAUCUGGGAUUUGACUUACGUCUCUGCAGUGAGAAGCCGUUGCCUGAGCUUUGGCAUCACGGAAAACAAUGCAGAUAGUAUACAAAAUAUGUUCAUUCUCUCGUUUUAAAUUUUCUGACAUAAGAUCAAGGUGGCAGUGUCCUCCCUUCACAUAUGAUUUCAGUUCUUGUUUCAACCACACAUACCGACUUUCAGCCUGACAUUCAUCAUGCGUUAUCGAGGAUUUUACAGUACUUGCUGUCCCUUCAUUAGACAAGGAUUCGGGCUGCACUUGGUUAUGCAAAUUUUUGUUAUUCGUUUGAACUUUGUAUCAAUAAACAGUGUUCAUAUCAGCAUUAAGUCCUUCCUAGCCUGCUACUCCUUUGUACCGGUUAUAAAAUAUUUCAGUUUAAAACAAAAAUAGUAUAACCUUUUCUUUUGCCACAUUGCAGUAUAUAAAGUGAGGCCAUAUUGAAAAGUAGUUGAAAAAAUUGACGGUUGUUGGAAACUUUCCUUGCUAUCAGUCAGACUAGUGAAUAACAUGCCGCAGUAUGCGUUUAUACAAAGAUUUCAUAUCGAUUUCCACGUUAGCAGGUGACUUAAACUCUCACAUACACCAAAGUAGAGAAUGAUUGUUCUAUUGAUGUCAUUAUUUUUUAUUUUUCAUCAUAAUGUUUAAAAUGAUAAUGGAGAACAAAAACUUUUGUCAAUCAAUUACAAAAAAUAAAUAAAAAUAUUACCUAAAAAGUAUAUUUGCUCAAUAUGAAAUAACAUUACAUCAGUUCAUGUUUAUUGUUACUUAAAAAAAACCACACUUGACCUGAGUGAAAUUGUAUGGUUGAUGAAAUGUUCUUCACAAUCUCACACCCAUGGACACAUUUAUAAGUGCAGUGUAAGUUGAAGACAGAAUGCUUGAAUGCUUUCCAUUUCUCCUUUUUGAAAAUGUCUUCAAUACCUGCAAUACACUGUUUCAGAAAUCUCAGCACACUUUAUUAAUUAAAAUAAUAAUUUGAUAGCAAAGUGUAUACAGAAAUGUCUGCCUUUGCCACAUCAAAACAUAGAUGGUAGUGAAUAUUCUUUCUCUUUUGAAGCUGUUGUGCACAUGUUGAUUUGUCGAACAUUGAGAAGAGAUAACCCUCAAAAUUAUUGCCAUACUGACUGGAUGCCCUGAAUUGUGGAUUUUAUGUAUUUUAAAAGGCCUCAUCAAGAACAUGUUAUGAAUGUUAUCAAGUUUACAUGAACCAAAUAGAUGUUGGAUUAUUGUGUUUCUUUUGUUAUCAUAGUUUAAUCUCUUUUUAUCAUUAAGUUUUACAGGUAGUAAGAAGCAGAUAUUUUAUAUUAUGUGUAGUAACGAACCCAAUGUGUUGAUACCAGGUAUAAUUUUGAUAGCUUUCAUUUAGCAUUUCAGAGUAUGUAUUGUGUUAUCUGGUUAAUUGUAAAUGUUUGUAAUUAAUCAAGUAAAAACAAAUGCCUACUU